UAUAUAGCCUGCGGUAAUUCGUCCAAAGUCCUAUGUUCAAUGCUGUCGCCUUUUCCCAGUGCUUUGCAAAGUCCAAGAUUCGUGACCAUGUCGGAGCCUGAUAACCCACGUCGCCGAACAAGGCCUGAGGAUUCCUCAGGAGACGAAGAGCCUCAGACAGGCUUCUCGGAGAACGCGAAAGGACGCUAUCGCUCUCGCGUUGAUCAAUACGGGACCAAAGCCGACUGGCCCCGUGAGCCACUCUACCAAGUCGGCGAGACCGUCUAUCUCCAGAUCGCUGGACGCCAACAGCCCGCAGGGCCGUACGUGAUUGUCUCCAACGACUUUGAGAGUGCCACGUACCAGCUCCAGCGAUUGGAUAAUGGCCAGAGGCAUCCAGUGGCGGUACCCGAGACCAGUCUUCGGGUGCCAAGCUCUUGA